AAAUCAUCCCGUUUGUUUGUUUGCCUAUUGUUUGUGACUCCUUUUGCAACGUGAUCAGACAAACACUUUUUUUUUCAAAUUUUCAAGUAUAAUCAAAUGACAGCCAUUCUGAUAAGAACAUGCUCAGCGCUCAGCAGAAAACUUGCAUUGCCCUCGUUGUUGGCAAUUUACCUGUUUCUCUGAAAGAUUCUCCGAUAAUAAUGGAUGUGGCAGAUGAAAGUAAGAGACACAUAAUGGGAGGCGAUCCGUUAGAAUCGUUGUUCCUGAAAUCAAUUCGCCAAGUAGUCACCAAUUAUGCCAAAGUGAAUCAAGCACAAUGGGUUUUAUUUCUAAAAAAUAAUCAACUCGACAAUUUCUUCAACUGCUUUUUGAACAAAUCCCCUGAACUAAUGAUGUCGCUUUUGGAUCAUUGUGCAUGGGCUCCUUCAGAAAUAGAGAAGGAAGCAAAAAUAACAAUAAAGACUACCCAGCUUUUAGCUGAAGUUGACAAUAAAACAUUAAUCAAUGUUGUUUUUGAAAAAGGAAUUUUUGAAUUUCCCAUUUGGAUUCCACAUAUUUUGCGACGUUUCUGUAAAGAUGGAAUCAACAAGAUUAAUAUUCAAUUUGAAGGUUCACCAAGUGAAAACGAUCUUCUUCACCAUCUCGGACAACAACUAUUUAAAUUAAUUCAAAACACAAAUUUCUCUGAAAGAGAAAACAUGUCCUAUCCUGCUGCCUCCGCUGAAUGGAAGUACACUGUUAUCAAAGGCUCCGUGUGCUUUUCCGCGCAUUCAAAACGCAAAGGAGGUGCAAUGGUGUUUGCUAAAUUUAACCGUUGUCAAGGAAACAUUACACGGGAUGUCAACGAGAUUUUGAAAACGGAUUUUAUAUAAUUAUGCUUUACACUAUACUACUUUUUGUUUCAAAUUUUGUGAAUAUAUGUACUACAAAAGUUUAUCUAACACAUGGCCGCAUAGUCAGAUCUCCCAUGUGUCACUUAUUAUUAUAACCAUUGUUUUUACUCUCAUUUUCAGUUCAAUUUUGAUAAUGAGAAAUAAAAUGUUAUGCAAAUUUUU